CAUCACUCAAAUCUCCACAUUAAUUCUUAGUAAUUUUGAGUAAUUCAACUUAAUAUAGCAAAUGGCUUCAAAAGCUCUUCACUAUCAAGGCAAUCACACAUUCUCUAAAACACAAAAGGGUUAUAUAGUUUAUCCGAAAGCACUGAACAUUGUUUGGGGAAAUGAUAAACGCUUUUGGAAGUUACCCAAAUAUGAAAAAGAUGGUGCAGAACUUAUACAAGUAAAUUGGUUGGAGGUAACUGGCUGCAUUGACAAUAUUAAUAUAGCGAAGAAAACGUCAUACGACGUUGGAUUUACAGUGUCACUGAUGACUGAUGCAUUUGGUUGGAGCGAUUCACCAGUUUAUCUUAUGGCUAAAUGGGGAGAUAAUACUCAAUGGAGAAAGGUCAAUUUGACAAGUGAGAUUAAUGGCAAAAAGAUGAUAUCAAAAACUAUUAUGAUAACAAAAGGGAAGGGGAACAAUGUUGAUAAGAUUUAUUUUGGAUUGUAUGAAGUUUGGAACAAAAAGUGGAAAGGAGGUCUCAAAAUUCAUUCUGUAAACUUAACAGAAAUCUAG